UGGUAAUGUUUAGUAUAGCUGUACAGACCGUUAGUUGGUUAGUUUGGAAUUAAACAUGUUUGGCCAAUUUUCUAGCCUAUCACUGAAUGAGGGAGGUUAUGACUACAAGUUCAUAGAAGAACCUGCAGACUAUCUCAAGUGUCUCAUCUGUCUGCUAGUAGUUAGGGAGCCACAACAACAUGGCGGCUGUGGGAAGCUAUUCUGUAAAGUGUGUAUUGACAAGCACAAGACCCUCAGAAAGGACUGUCCACACUGCAGGCAGCCAUUAAAUAACUCAAAUGGCUUUCCAACCAUCUUCAAUGAUUUCAGAAGUGAUCAGGAGGUCAAGUCUCUAACGGUGUACUGCAGCACUGCUUGCGGUUGGAAAGGAGAGCUGGGAUCACUUGAUCAUCAUAAGCAGAAAGACUGUGAGAACACAGUAGUCUUUUGCGAAAACAAUUGUGGUGAAAUAAAUAUGAGUCGGAAGAAUCUCAAGGCCCAUCUCGAGUCCGAGUGUCCUAAUCGACUACACAAAUGCCCUCACUGUGGUGCUAACAACCAGUACAAAAACCACCCACUUCAUACCAAAUUACAUUGCCCCAAGCGAUUGCAUUGUUGUGUUCAUUGUGGUGAAAACGGCUGCUUUGAUGAGCGUACUUCUACACAUUUGGAGGUGUGUCCUAAGAUGAAAAUUGCGUGUAAAAAGUGCUUACGAUAUAUUUUGCGCUGCCAACUCACAGCUCAUCCAAAAGAAUGUAUGUUUAAACCAGUGCCCUGCAAAUAUGCUGAUGUCGGGUGCAAAGUUCGGCCUCUACGCAAAGACCUCAAGAAGCACGAGGAAAAUUACCAACUUCACCUCCAAGUUACCACAGAAACAGUGCUUGAGCUAAAGAAAAUGCUUCCCAAACCCGUUACCCCAGUUACCUUCAGAAUCACAGAUUUUGACGAGCACAAAAAGGCCAAUCGUAUAUUCUACAGUCCUUUGUUCUACACUUCCACAAAUGGGUACAAAAUGUGCUUAAGAAUAGAUGCCAACGGUAAUGGCACUGGCAAAGGAACACAUGUCUCUGUGUUUACUUGCCUCAUGGUAGGUGAAUAUGAUGACUACCUGACCUGGCCAUUUACUGGGACAGUUACCAUUGAGCUACUCAACCAACUGGAGGACGAUAAUCAUCUCAAAAGUACAACCCCAUUCCCAGCAAAUGAUGAUGUCAGUGAGAGAGUGGUGGAUAAUGAGAGAGGGGCAUGGUGGGGCUGGCCACAGUUCACCUCCCACGCUGACCUCGCUCACAAGCCUCGUAAAAACAUUCAGUACCUCAAAGACGACACUCUAAUAUUCCGAGUAUCUGCAGAAGCUCCUGAUUACAAGCCAUGGUUGGAAUGUACCAACUGUGUGUAGUGAUGUUAUUACAUAGGACAGUGAAAGUUUUAACUAAUGUGAUAACGUGAUAUUGCAUGCCUUUAUAUCCUGUUGCU